GAUAGCGACGCCUGUGCAGUGAGCGAGCCCGCGGCACGAUCGACGACCAUAGGGUGCCCAGGGAAAACAAUCGCAUCGCCUCUUCAACGUAGCUCGCGGUUCGGCGCGUGCAAGCGAGGACAGUUGUUGUCAGUGUCGGCUGUCGUUCCCUUUCACGUGCUCUCGCUUGGUAAUUCCGUGACCCACAUCGUUCUCGUUCCUAGUCGAGUCCGGACGAGUUCUUCUUGGAUUCUUGGAUUCUUCACGUAAGCGAUUUGGUGGACACAUCACGUUCACGGCGACGGUGGCAUCUCAGACACGACGGAACGCGUCAUCAUGUGGUCGACAGUGCGAGAUACACUAGUUGUCGUCCUGGAAAUGGAGAAGAAGCAUCGAACAUUCGGCAUGACGUAAACCAACUCGCAGACAGGUCUAACAGCCACUUCGGGAGAAAUUGGAACGGGUGAAGUGCGCUUGACGGAAAGAGAGAUAAACCGACAGAUAGAAGAGAAACGGGCAUCGACGUAUCCGUGAGAGUACAAAAUGUCCGAGAGCGAGAUGAAGCCGGCCUCGCCGAUACCCACGGUCAUAUGCGCGCAAUGUUGCGGUGGCAACGGUGGUGGCGGAAGUGGCGUUGGAAUGGCCAAUCUGACCACGCAGUGUCCGGCUCUGCAGGUCACCUCGCGGAUGCUGCGCUCGCCGAGCCACGAGAGCGUCACCACCGACCUGUCGCUCUUCAGCGUGUCGUCUAUCGCGAGCGAUCUGCGCGGCGCCAACAGGCUGGUCACUUUCAAAUCCUACAGCGACGCGCAGCUCACUGGACGUGGACCCUCUCCGAAGCCAGAUUCUCGACAGAUUCAGGGUAACAGGCCAGCGGACAUUCCCGAGAUCCUGUGGUUCGAGGAGGAGAACGAGCUGAUCCGUAGCUGCGGAGUACUGUCGUCAGUGCUGGGCCUGCGAAAGAGCUUCAGCACCAGCGACGUGUCACAGUUACCUAGUCCAGACGCGACCGGAGCUGGCGGCCUAAGAACGGCGGUGUCUGCUCUGGCUCUUGAUACCGCUCAGCGCAACACCCUGCUGCUGGAACACGCUAGGCUUGAUCAUGCCUCGAGGUCAUGCAGCACCUGGGUCGCCGUGGGUGAACCCGUCGCCAGCACGUCGCAGUUACCCAGUCCGCACGGUGGAGCCGCGCAGGAACAGCAACAGCCGCAGCAGCAGCCGCAGGAACAGCAACAGUCGCAGCAACCGGCGCAGCAACAGGCGCAGCAACAAUCCCAGUCCUCCUCGAACGCCCAAUCGGUGCCACAGCUACCACCGCAACCCCCAGCACCACCGCCGCCACCUCUACCCUUCACCGGAGCGGAUUUCGUAAGGUCCGUUAAUAAGAAGGUCCGACAGAACUACAUACGACGAAGGUUGUUAACCACGUACCGUGCUUUGGAGCGUCUCUCGCAAAGUGAGUUCAACCUGGACCAACUGGAAGCAGCCGCUACGGCGGCGCAGACCUCACACGGAGCCACUCUGCUGGUGCCUGGAACGGCCGCGGGAGUAGCCGGUGCUUCCUUUAUAGGACGGAAGGAGCGGAAUCACGCGCUGACGGUCCGCGACGUCGAAAGAGAACGCGGAAAUCAAUUGUCCAAGUACGAGAGGAACAUGAUGAUCUUCAACUGGCUCCACACUCUAGACGACAGUGCGGUUGUAGACAGCGUCGAAUAAGAGAUCAGGGAAGCCCAGCGUUUCCCGCGACUCCGACAACGUGCGACCUAUCGUGCCUAAGUCCUUUCUUCUUCUUCGAUAUGUAUGUUAUCGGGGACGCCUCGGCGAUACGGACACCAUAAUGUCGCAUCUUGGAGGAUACAGCUAAGGCGUAAGGCUUCUGGAUUCAGUCGUGCCUGAAUCGUGACAUCCAAAGUGAGAAAUUACAUAAAUGCUCAUCUCGCAUUAUACAACAGGAUAAACUAGUUCAUUCCCAGGCGCGUGCAAGUGCUCAACAAACAUGUAAUUACGAUGGGCUGGGAUUUUGGGUUCUCCCCUGAAUUUGUACGCGCGGCUGUAUAAUUUAGCUUAUGCACGUGUCCUAGAUUUCUAGCGAGAAUAAAGCUUCCUAGAAUUCAUCGAAAGGUCCUUAUUAAUUUACGUGUGAGAGUCAAGGGGAAAGUCUGAUGCGUUUCCCAACGUCAUUCUCUCGAGCAAGCUUGCGUGCCAGCAUGCAAAGAAGCCAAUUUAUUUCGAUAUAUAUGCUGCAGGAAUAAAUUUCUCUAUACGAGCGAGUUGUGUAACACUUGUUGUAUAUCAUAAUUUCUCAUUUCUGAUGUUACAACUCAAAAUGACCGGCUGGAAGCUGUAAGCUAAGAUAACUAAUACAAGGCAUCCGUCCCUCCUCGUCCAGCGACUCGCCGGCUAUUGUCGCUUCACCGAGUAUAUCCAAAGCAUCUCGUGUAAAAAAAGCGCAAGUCUGAAGUUUUAUUGUUUGCAUACGCAUGUACAAACCUUAGUUACAAAUUGACGAGUCAUCGGAUCUGGGAGUAUCCUUGAUAUUUAAUGACAUACCUGCAUGUCCAUGCCCCACGCUAGUGACCAGCUGAUCCGUAGAAGUCUUACCUUCGUGCUAGCAAUUCAAGCCGAGAGAGAAACGUUCGGAGAUAUUUGUAUGACACAAUAAUGUAUUACGGUGAAGUGUUUUUCGGCGAGGCCUCAUACGCGCGGGAACUCGCGUCGAAAAGUCGACGCUCUCGCAAUUCUUUUCGGUUACCGAGAGAUUCCACUGGUACAAAUUUAGAAGCUAAUUUUAAUAAUCAAUAGCAGCUCAGCGUGUAUGUACGUGAUCCUGCAGCAAAGCUCGCGUUAAGAGAACAGUAUGAACCGGAAGAGCGUGCAUCUUGCGUUAAGCACUUAGACAUAUCGAUAAGAGAUUUUCCAUCAAUAUCGAGAUGUAAUUAUAUAUCGGGAGGGAUCGAGCUGUUGUUUUUCGUAACGAAAUUUUAUUAAUGAUCCUUAAUCGAGAACCUUGCGACCUUCCGUAAUUUUAGCCUGCAGUUAGCACUGAUCAUAUCCGAGUCGUAUAUGUUUAAAGAUUGGCGCGACACGGAUCGAGUGCAACAAACAAUCGAAUAGGUUUACUUGUGAAAUACGAAGCGCAAUUCAGCACAUGCUGCGACAUUUGCGAUUUAAUAUCCGAUACGAAGGAUUAAUCGUCUGAAAGAUUGUGUCUGUCCUAAACUGGACCAUAUGAAGGACUAAGGGAUGAUGGCAUAAGAGAUGAUGAUCGGAUUAAUCAAGAUAUGUGUGUAAGCAAAGAUUUAAUUCGAUGAUGAUGCGUGUUCGUUGAAAACGCCUUAAUUAUCCAGCGUAAGCAGCAUAAAUCCGAAACGAUUAAAUUACUUUUAUACUUUCUGCCUGACGAUCGAUUACAUCAGUAUUAUAAUGCGCCGCAACCAGAGGAUACUCAAGUUGUGUUUUUGGGAUAUUAAAUGAAUGUGCAACCACACACAAU